GUGCGUGGCCAGUUGCGAAUUCGCGCAGUCGCGUAAAAUGGCCAACAGAUUCCUGUUGUGCCUGGUGCUAGCGUGUUUUGUAACAAAUAUCGUGGUAGCCGGAAGAGGUGGCGGUGGCCGGAGCAGCUCCAGUUCCGGCUCCAGAGGUUGGGGAUCGAGUUCUUCCGGUAGAGGGUCAUCCAGCUCCGGCUCCAAGUGGUCGAGCCCCUGGUCGUCGUCUAGCUCGUCAGGCUCCGGAUCGAAAUGGUCCAGCUCGGGGUCCUCGUCGGGAUCCAGCUACCCCUGGUCCUCAUCAGGACUAUCAGGAUCCGGGGGAUCUAAAUGGUCUAGUUCGGGUUCGUCGUCAGGAUCCAGCUACCCGUGGUCGUCGUCGGGUUUAUCGGGCUCCGGGUCAGGAAGCAGGUACCCAUCAUCGGGCGGGCUGUCUGGGUCGGGAUCCGGAAGUCAUUCGUAUCCAUCAUCAGGAGGAUUGUCGGGAUCAGGUGGGGGCAGCAAAUACCCUCCCUCGGGUGGGUUAUCGGGUUCAGGAUCAGGAAGUAGAUAUCCGCCAUCCGGAGGACUAUCAGGAUUGGGAUCUGGCGCAAGCAGGUAUCCUCCCUCAGGGGGACUAUCAGGUACGGGAUCAGGUGGAAGCAAAUAUCCACCAUCAGGAGGUUUAUCGGGUUCAGGAUCUGGAGGUAGCAAGUAUCCUCCCUCGGGUGGACUGUCGGGAUCAGGAUCGGGAAGCAAAUAUCCACCAUCAGGCGGAUUAUCGGGCACUGGAUCCGGAAGUAGAUAUCCACCGACUAACUCGGGAUCAGGCAGAUAUCCAGAUUCACCGGGACUCUCUGGAACUGGAAAUAGUAGAUAUCCAUCGUAUUAUAGAACGAGCACAUACAGGCCUGAUUAUAGCCAUAACUACGGACCCAGUAAUUCUUAUAAACCAACUUCCAGGCCGGUCUAUCAUCAUGAAACAUAUUACACCAGGCCAGCGUAUUACACAGCGCCUCAGCACGUGUACAUUACAGAAUAUAGAAAUUCGGGCAGCAGAUACAGUGAUUUGCUAACUGGUCUUACUCUGUACAAUAUGGGCAGGUCUCAUAGCCACUACCAUGAUCAUUACUAUUACGAUGAUUAUUAUAGACACAGAUAUAACAACAUGGGCAGCCCUUACCAACAACACUUGCAGCCCAGAGAUGAAGCCCACUGCGUAUUGCGAAUUAAGGAAAAUGGUAACGUCGAAGUGCUGAAAAUACCUUGUGAAAUUGUGUCCACGUUUAGUGAAAAGGUUACCUCAGAAACUGUUACGAACAAUACAGUAUGUGUAACUAACUACACUGUUAUAAAUAAUACUCUCACUAAUAAUGUUAAAUCCAACGUUUCAACUACAAACACGACUUAUGCGCCUGUACCUAGAAUACUUGUGGAACCAACUACUAACAAUAAUUUGACAAACUCUACAGAAACUACAGUUCCAGCAUCUAAUGUGACCUCUGUUCUUCUUAAUACCACUUCAGCUAUAUACGAAACAUCAACAAUGAGUUCUGUUAAUGUGUCUAUAACAACACCAACUCCACUAGCUAACUUAAGUAGUUCUAACGACACUAAUUCCACUGUUACAACUGUAACUCCUCUUGCUAACAAAACUAAAAAUUUCAAAAAUGAAUUAAAAAUUUUCUUAGACAAUUUAAACAACAAUUAUUUAAGUGUAAGUCAAAAUAAUAUAACAGAGUUAGUUAAUUUAUUCAUGAAUGAUAUUACAGCUUCUCCAACAACGAUAUCAGUUUCAAACACAACUGACAAUAAUUCUACUAGACCAGCUAUAUCAGACUCAGAUCUUUCAAGAACUUUGUUGAAUACCAAUCCCAAUACUACGUCGAGUGUAAGCAUUGUCAACACAACAACUUGUACCACUUCCUACUCAAAAGAUCCUUUAAGUGUUAAAGGAGGUUCGAUUAAUAUUUCUAAUAUGCAAUGCGAAGUAGAAAUAGUUACUAGAGAGGCCCGUCUGAGGACUGACGUAGAUUGUAAGACUUUAAUGGAAUACUCGAGAAUGCCACCACCAAAAGAUGCACCGUCCAUGCUCCCCUCAAGGUCCACUUUAAAAACUUGGUUGUCUAGUCCCCCUUGGUGGAUGUCUGCAUUCAUAGCGUUAUAAAAACAUAACUAUCUAUCAGUUAGGGUGUAUCUUGAGAGAUAACAUUUUAAAAUUCUUUUUUAGGGUACACCUGAAGGGCAUUACCUCCUAUUGAUUCUCAUGCUUCAUUUUUAAUGUC